AUGCCAAAAGUAAAAAGUAAAAAAAUUGAAAAUGUUCCUAAGGAAAUUACCGACUAUCCUAAAUCAGAUUCUAUAUUAUAUACAGAUGGAAAAAGGAGUUAUAAUUACAAAAUUAAGCAAGAAGGUUUAUAUCCUCAACCUCCAAUAUUGGCAUAUACCCAAGGAAAAAACAAAUAUAAAAUUCCAAAUGGAUAUUGUGUGGAAACUACUUGGGGUCGUGGGGAAAAAAAGAAAACUGUAAAGUGCUUUAUUAAUUAUGUAGAAGGAAAGCCACUUUUUAAAAUUAUGUAUGGUAUAAAUUUCUCAGAAGAAGUCCAAUCAAAUAUAUCUUCAACAACAGCAGCAAAUGCAGUUCUGAAGAAACUUUUUCCCUUAAAUGAAAAAUCAUUAAUUUCUGGAGUACAUCUUUUUGGCAUUCAUCUAAUAACAUUAAAGCAAGCUAGAGAAAACAUAAGAAGUACAAAGGAAAAUAAUAUUCAAUUAAUAUCACUUGAACAUUGUAGUAAAUCAACAUUAAAUAAAAGGCAGCAUAAAUUUGGAAAUCAAUUGAAACAACAUGUUCAAGUUGAAGGAUCCAAAAUCUAUGGUAAAGAUCAAGUUGUUCUUAAGCAAAUUUCUUAUAGCAUUAGAGAUAUGGAUUUCCAAAUUGAUUAUGAGGAAAAAAACGAUAUAAAAGAAAAAAAGCUUAUUUCAGCAGUACAAGCUAUUGAUUUAAAUUAUAUUCCUCGUGAAGGUUAUCGAGCAUUAGCUGCAGUAGAAUCUAAUUUACAACGUGAAUGGGCCAUCUCUAAACAACGACUUAAAUUAACAACAGAAAUGAAUCAGAAAAUACCAAUUGCUCUUAUCAAUCUUCCAUUGGAUUUUGAUGAAUAUUCAAACUCUGAAAUAAUUCAAAAUAUCAAAAAAGGUGGAACUCGGAGCGUUAAAGACAUUUUAAAGUAUAUUGUACCCACCCUUAUUUCUAAUGAAAUAUUGGAUAUUAAUAAUCCAAUUAUCCACUUAAGAGUUUCUGGCGAUGGCCGGAAUGUAGGAUUCAAUUCAGCAAAUUCGAAAUUUUUUUGCCCAUGGUGCCAAGUAUCAAAAUAUGACCAAUGUAAUGAUUGGAAAAUAAGUAAGAAAAUGGAAAACAUUCAUAAAUAUCCAGGUCAUAAUAGGAAGCCACUUUUUAAUAUGAUUCCACUGGAUAAUUGGGUACCAGAUGAACUUCAUAUUUUGCUUCGUAUUUGGGAUCGUCUCUGGUGUUUAGUUUUAGCCGAAUUAAAAGAAUUUAAUCAAUUUGAUGAUAUAUGUCGUGAUGAAAUUGUUAAAGAAAUGAAUAGGAUUGGUGUUAAUUUCCAGUUUUGGCAAGAAAAAUCCAAUACGUGGAACCACACAUCAUUGAUGGGUGAUGACAAAAAGAAAGUUUUAAAAAAUUUUAACUUUAAGCGUAUAUUACCAUCUUCACGUGCAAAUGCAAUCCGAGAAUUAUGGGAUCACUUUCAUCAAAUUUAUCUCAAUCUUAAAUUGAAGAAUUACGAUGCACAACAGUUUCGAUUCGAAGCCGAGGAUUGGUUGGAAUUAUUUAAGGUAUUAUACAUGCCAAGUGAUAUAACUCCAUAUAUGCAUGUUCUUGUCUGCCAUAUGUCCGAGUUUAUGAAAAGACAUAAACAAUUUGGCAUAAAGGCAUUUUCGUGCGCGGCUGUUGAAAAAAAAAAUCACCAGCAAGUAACACAUUUUUUUAGACAGACAAUGAAAGAUGGAGGGAAAAACAAAAAAUCAGCAAUAACUGAUAUUCUUGAAUAUGAAAAUAGGGUUCUAUUUUAUUUAUUUGAUAAUGUUGAAACUUCAACACCAAAACCAAAAAAAAUAAAUUUAAAGUAA